AUGCCAGAUCCCCAGACAUUCAAAAUGGACCCCGCCCUCGAACCACUCUGCACCAUGAUCAAAGGUGAAGUCAAGAAAAACCACGAUCAAUGCAUGGAGAUCCAGCAAAGACUAGCCACUUUCGCAUCCUCCCCCGACAAAAACGACCAAUCCAAAUGGAUGAAGCAGAUCACCGAUGAGAUGGCAACCGUGAAACGACAGCAACGGGAGAUCUUUGAGGGGUUACGCGAAACUGGCUAUGAAAGGGUUCGCGACCUGCCCGAGUCCAUGCAAGAAGACGCGGCAUUCAUGUAUUCGAGAGCGGCGGCGCCGGUGGAGGAUUUCUUGGAGAAGGCCUGUUCGGUGUUUUCUUCGCGGAUCAUGGGCGAGUGGAUUAGAGACGCAGAAGUUGCAGAGGCUGGGAUUGCUAAGUGGGGGAGGGAUUUGGGGGUUUGGCUGGCGGAGGUUUUGGGGAGGAUUGAUGCCAUUUUUGAUGGUACGGAGAAUCAGCAGCAUGGUUAUGAUUAA